UUUUACUGUCUGUGUUAUAAAAUUUACUGUUACUGUUUUCCCGAGAGAGAAAACACUUCAAAUGAUUUAGUUUUGCAGUCAGUGACCUUUUGGCAUGGAUUUUGAUAUAAUCAGUGAAACAAUCCUGAAGAAAGGACUAGGUCUCAUUCACAAAGCCAAUCAGUUCUGGACCCAAGCAGUGAGCAGUCAUGCCGUCUGAACUAGAGAAGGCCAUGGAGUCCCUCAUCAUGGUGUUCCACCGGUAUGCUGGGAAAGAAGGGAGCCCUGGCACCCUGACCCGUCGAGAGCUCCGAACUCUGAUGGAGAAUGAACUAGCUGGGUUUCUCAAGUCUCAGAAAGACCCAACCACAAUAGACAGAAUUAUGAGAGAUCUGGAUGCCAAUGGGGAUGGAGAGGUGAACUUUGAGGAGUUUGUGUCUCUCGUAUUGGGUCUAUCCAUCGCCUGUGAGGAGUGCUACAGGAUGAAAUUAAAGAAGACACGAAGCUGGAAGUGAACAGAGGGGAUUAUAAAGAGGAAAAUUAUUAACUCUGACAAAUUGCAAUAUUGAUCCUGUUAGCUAUUAAAAUAACUGUGUUUUAUCCUAUAA